AUGGCGAACUCGGCGGCGUGGAAAACAUAUCUCGAAGGCUACAGCCCAUGCAACUUCCCAGCAUUAGGCACUGGGCGCUCUUCUGGGACAGGUUUGGCGUCGGUUUCAACCGUGUUGAAGCAUGGCCACGACAAAUUGCAGUCUUUCUCAAACCUCCACAGCAUCGACGACGUGGCUGCAGUCUUGUGCGCAGCUUGGGGUCUUGUCCUUCGUGCGUACACGGGACAGGAUACCGUGUGUUUUGGAAAAGCGUCAAAGAAGAUUGACGCCUGUCGGAUUGACUUUGCCUCGACUACAUCGAUUUUGAGCAUCCUCCAGACACUUCAGAUAGCUGGCGAUUCACAGCCUCGGGCUCAAGAAACCUCGGGUUCACAGCUCCCACUAAAUGCGGCAGACUCAGUCACCUCUUUCUUCAACACGUGUGUCUUGUGUCGGAAUGAGGAGAGGCCAGAUCAGGAAGAAAAUGAUGUUCCAGGAACAGCCGCGGACACCCUGGACUUGUUCGGUAUUGUUGUCACUUUCGGCGUAGAACAAAAUGUGACGAGUAUUACUCUGAGGUAUCAGACAUCACUCCUUGAUGAGGCGCAGGCGAUUAGUGUCGCAAAUACCCUCGAACAAGCGAUAUGUGAGAUUAUCCACAAUAAAGACCAAGUUGACGGCAUUUGUCUGCUCAGCGAUGCGGAAAAGGCACGGAUUUACUCGUGGAAUGAGAAAUUGCCUCAACAUACGAACCAUCGCGUGGACAAGCUGAUUACGGAUCAGUGCCAACGGAGCCCAUCGGCAAUGGCAGUGUGCGCGUGGGAUGGCGAGCUCAGCUAUGAGGAACUGGACAAUGUGUCAUCCAGGCUGGCCCAACAUCUCAAGGCGCUAGGUGUUUGCUCGGAAGUGUUUGUGCCCAUUUGCUUUGAGAAGUCUCGAUGGGCUAUUGUCGCGAUGCUCGGAGUGAUCAAGGCCGGCGGAGCAUUUGUACUGCUUGAUGCAUCACAUCCUCAUCAGAGGCUUUUCGACAUCUGCAACAAAAUUUCGGCAAAGCUCAUUGUCUCUUCAACCCAGAAUGCCAAGCUAGCGGCCGGUUUGGCGCCUUCAGUCGUCGAACUGGGAAGCGACGAUUGCGAGAGAAGUUGGCGUACUGAUGUCAUCCACGGCCCGGACUCCUUCGCGACUCCUGAUUGUGCUCUAUAUGCUGUGUUUACUUCGGGCACGACCGGAACGCCCAAGGGCGUGGUCAGCGAGCAUUCAUCGUUUCUUGCAGCCACGCAAACAUACAUCGACGCUCUCAGACUCAACCGAGAGUCACGGACGUUCCAGUUCGCUUCCUAUGCGUUUGAUGUCACAAUCUUCGACACUCUUAUGACGUUGACCGUCGGUGGUUGCGUAUGCGUUCCCUCGGACACGGAGCGGUCCAACGAUUUGGCAAAGGCAGUGCAGCACUUUCGAGCCACGCAUAUAAGUCUCACUCCGACAAUCGCGCGAAUAUUGGAUCCCCAAGACUUUCCAACAAUGAGAACGCUCACUCUCGGCGGAGAGAAGCUGCAAACAAGUGAGAUUUCCAAAUGGGUGAGCCACGCUCGCGUGGUCCAUCUCUACGGAGCGACGGAGUGUUCCAUGAUAGCAGUUCAAAGUAUAACGGGAACUUCGUCUGACCUGCGGACCACAAACUGUCCAACCGGACAUUCUUGCUGGGUCGUGGACCCGGCAGACCAUGAUAAGCUGCAAGCGAUCGGUGCAAUCGGGGAAUUGGUAGUCGAAGGUUCCAUCGUGAGUCGAGGCUAUCUGCAUGAUCCCAUACAGACGGCAGAAACGUUUAUACAGCCUCCGGCUUGGCUGCGUGAGCUGCGCGGGACCAACGACCAGAGAUGCAAAGUAUACAAGAGCGGCGAUCUGGUUCGUCAUGGUGCGAAUGGAUCCAUUGAAUUCAUCUGUCGAAAGAACACGCAGGUCAAGCUCCGUGGCCAGCGCAUCGAGCUUGGCGAGGUCGAGCACCAUCUCAAACUCGCCUUCCCGGGCGCAAAUUUUGUUGUUGCCGAGCUCAUCACGGUGCCUGACGCAUCACGGCCCCCGAUACUCAUGGCUUUCGUACGGCUUGGAGAGGAUUUCGGCCCCGGCAGCAUAACCGGGAGUCGUGGAGCGGCCUCGGCUAACAUAAUUGCUGAGCCGACAGACGAGUUUCGAUCUCGAGUUCCCGCCGCGCUAUCAAAGUUGCAGGAUUGUCUCCCCUCUUACAUGGUUCCUGCGGCCGUCAUUCCACUGACUGUCGUUCCGCUGACCGGCACGGACAAAGUUGACCGCAAGCUUUUGCGACGGCUCGGCGCGGAUCUAUCGCGCCAACAGCUCGAAAGAUAUCAACCGACCGCGAGAACAUAUCGCGUCCCGACGACUAAUGUUGAAAAGACGCUGCGAAAAUAUUUUGCAGAGGUACUGAACCUGCCAGAGGAGCAAAUCUGGGCCGAUGAUCACUUCUUUGCCCUUGGCGGAGAUUCUCUCACGGCCAUGAGACUGGUCUCACUGGCUCGGAAAGGCGGCUACAGCUUCACGGUUCAAAACGUUUUCCAUCGUCCCCAACUGUCUGAGCUGGCAAGUCUGAUGCAAACUCUGAAAAGCCAAGACGAUAAGAAGCCGCAACCAUUCGCGUUGGUGGGCAAGAAUCAAAACGUCGUCAGAGCUGCCGCUCAGCAGUGCCAUCUCCCAACAACGGCAAUCGAGGACCUUUAUCCUUGCACGUGGCUGCAGAAAGGUCUCAUGUCAGAGACCAUGCGCGAGCCCGGUGCAUUCAUUGCCAAGCUUGAGCUGCCAUUAGGUCGGCACAUCGAUGUCAGCCGCCUGGAAGAAGCAUGGACUGCCGUGGCGAAAGCCAACCCCAUUCUAAGGACGCGGAUGGUCCUGUCCUCUUCUUAUGGCCUGUUACAGGCUGUAGUUCGUGACAGCGUCUCGUGGAUGGCAUCGGACAAUGGUGAAUGCGGAGAUUUGCCUGUCGCCUUUGGCAAACCCCUGGUGAAAGUGGUGCUUUGCCGCGCUGCCAUCAGGCAGGCAACACAAACCAAACUAGUCCUCAUGAUGCAUCACUCCGUCUACGACGGAUACACCUUGCCGCUCAUCAUUGCGCAGUGGAAGACGGCUUACGACGGCCACGUACUUGCGCCUCGACCUGUCAGUCCCUUCAUCCGAUACUUGACAUCACUUCCAAGCGGUGCCGACUACUGGAUCUCGUUGCUCAAGGACAUCAGAGCCCCUGCGUUCCCGGCUCUACCGUCCAAGACGUACAACCCAGUGCCAGACUCAACAGAGACGUACACGUCGGCCGUUCCCAAGCCCGUCGUGAAAACGUACACGUCAAACACGUACGUGCGACUCGCGUGGGCCUUGACACAAUGCUACCAUCAACAGCUCACCGAUGUCUUCUUCGGCACCGUGGUGUCCGGCAGAAACGCCCCCGUCGACGACAUAGACCUGAUGACGAUGCCGACUGUGGCCACGAUCCCGUGCAGGGUAGCACCGGAUACCGGCCGUGUCGUGGCCGACAUGCUCGACGGGAUCCAAAACGUCGCAAGUGACGGCAUCCCACACGAGCAGUUUGGACUUGCAAAUAUAAGCCGUUUGGGAGAGGGCCCGGCUCGUGCUUGCUCGUUCCAGACGCUGCUGGUCAUGCAACCCGCCGCGGAAGGGAGCACGGAUGACGGCUUUGUGGAAAUACCCAGGUCGGAUGCCAACUACCGCGCCGACGCAACGUACGCCGUUAACCUGUUCUGCGAACUCGAAGCAGGACGACUGGCGGUCACGGUGCUCUACGACGAAAACGUGGUGCCGAGACUUGGGAUGCAGCGGAUUUUGGCGGAUUUCGGUCUGGCCCUCGGCACUAUACUUCAGACUCCUGGUAGUCAUGUUGGGGAUGUUCUCGCGAUUCUCAAGCAAAGCCGCGAGUAA